CACGUCGCCGCCCGCCAUCGCCAUCGCCGCCGCCGCCGCCAUCGCACCCUCCUUGUGGAGGCGGAGCCGCUCGGAGCCCCCGCCCCGGCCCCGGCCUCUCUCUCUCUCCUCCCUCUCCUCCCGCCCUCCCUCUCCUCCCCCUUCUCCCCUCCUUCUCUCUCUCCAGCGCAUAUAAGCGGCGGCCGGGCCUCUCGCCGCUUUCCCUCCCUCCCUCCAUCCUCUCCCUCCCUCCCCGCCCGCCCGCCCGCCAUGGAGACGGAGGUGCGCGUCCCCAGCGGCGCGCCCGCUCUGCUCAAGCUCGCCGUGUACGUGGACGAGAACGACGUGGUUCCCGGGGCGCUGCGGCUGGUGGCCGAGCUGCGGCCUCACUGGGACCGCCAGCGGGUCCGCACCAAGUUAUUUACAGAUGGGAUUACAAACAAACUGGUUGGCUGCUAUGUGGGGAACAAUAUGGAAGAUGUUGUCCUGGUCAGAGUUUACGGGAACAAGACUGAGCUGUUUGUGGAUCGUGACAAUGAACUGAAGAGUUUCCAGGUCCUGCAUGCCAACGGCUGUGCUCCAAAGCUCUACUGCACAUUCCAGAAUGGGCUCUGCUACGAGUUCAUGCAUGGAAUCGCCCUCGGUCCGCAGCAUGUGCGGGAGACGGCCCUGUUCAGACUCAUAGCGACAGAACUGGCAAGGAUUCAUUCUAUUCAUGCUCACAAUGGUUGUAUUCCAAAACCCAACCUCUGGGUGAAAAUGCACAAGUACAUGGCUCUCGUCUCCACCGAAUUCACUCCAGAAGCCAAGAAUACCAGGAUUCAGAAGGAAGUGCCGCCUUUGCAGACACUGGAGAAGGAAAUGGCAUGGAUGAAGCAGUACCUGUCGGAGUUGAACUCUCCCACCGUACUUUGUCAUAAUGAUCUCCUUUGCAAGAAUAUCAUCUACAAUGAAAAGGAAGGUUGGGUGAAGUUUAUCGACUACGAGUAUUCCAGCUAUAAUUACCAGGCCUUUGAUAUUGGAAACCACUUCAAUGAAUUUGCAGGGGUGAAUGAGGUAGACUACUCUUUGUAUCCAGACCAAUCCUUGCAGAUGGAAUGGCUGAGAACCUACUUGGAAGCAUGUAAGCAAUUCACCAACAAGGGAGGCGAGGUAACGGACAGUGAAGUGCACACCCUGUAUGUCCAAGUCAACAAGUUCUCCUUGGCAUCUCAUUUCUUCUGGGGGUUCUGGGCACUGAUUCAAGCCAAGUAUUCCACAAUAGACUUCGAUUUCUUAGGGUAUAGUGUGCUGCGGUUCAACCAGUACUUCAAGAUGAAGCCUUGUGUCACCGCUCUCCAAAGCCCGGCGUGAUCCAGGCAGAAUGGCAUUCCAUCACCGUGGUACACAAUGGGGCCCCUGGCGGUCCUAUCAGUAAACAAACUCCCUUCCUCUUCGCCAACUCGUUGAGCCUAAUCCCUGUGGUUUGAGAAGCAAACAAGGCCCCCUCCCCAAUUAUUGACCUCAUGCUUGCUUGUGGCACAGCCAUGGAGACACCGUGCCCCAGAGCAUUGGCUUCAUGUUUCACUUUUAGUUUGAAUCCUAUUUUGUGCCCGGGCUCAUAGACGAAAUAAGUGUUUCUUCUCCCCUCCAUCCCCCCCCCCCCCCCCCCUUUGUUUCCCCCAUCACCUUCCUUGUCAUCGCCCUCGUGAAACGCAGGAACUGAACGGCAUUCCAGAUCUAGCUUGCACUCAAUGGGGACCAGGUUGAGGAGCAAACCAAAACUGUGAUGUGGGCGGGUGGGAGGGCGGGCGGAGGAGAAGCAGUGGGCUGUUUGUUGCACCGUUUACUGACUAUUUGGAGGGGGAUUUUGUUAUUGAGCCCACGCUGCUCAGUCUGAAGUCAGACCCAGUCUGAAGAAGGGUCCCAGUCCAAACAUCAGCAUCUGCAAAGCUGGUAAUCACCUUGGAACUCAUGUCUGCAGUUGUUACUGAGCAAUACCCGGAUGUCCCAAACACGCCACCUCAGUGAAUGCAUGUGGUGGUUUGAUGAAUAAACUAAAUGUGUGAGCACAAGCAGGAGUGGGAUUUGAACCUGGGACAGCGUGUGUGCAAUCCCAUGCCUCAGGACAUGCUCCCUCUCUGCCAGCACUGGGAGAGGUUGACGGGAGUGGGGGGGGGGGGGG